UCUCUACCAUAUAACAACUCAACAGGUUGAGGCAGUGAUGCCGUUUUGAUCGGUUUCAGAGUUAUAUUGUCUCUUUCCUAUCACACAGAUCGAACGCAGCCGAUCGCCGUGAGGACGCUGAAGAUGGAAUUCUCAGAUCCUCCCUCGGAUUUGUUAGUUGAAAUCCUGGCUCGGCUCCCCAGCAGCAGAGCAGUUAUCCAAUUGAAAUUGGUAUGCAAGAGCUGGUGUUCUCUAAUCUCUUCUCACUAUUUUAUUACUGUUUUCAAUCACCGCCGCCAUGACCCAAUUCAUCCCUCAUCGUCUGGCUGCUUUAUAUUCCAAUCUGGAUUUGAACGCCGUUUGUUGAUGGUUCGCUGGGGAUACCAUGAUUUGCCCGGCGAUUUCCACAGGCCCGAUUUCAGUUUCCUUCCCUGUCCCCAAAGCAGCAUUAGAUUGAUGGGUUCGUGUGGUGAUUUAAUUCUAUGCUCCACCCGGACUUCGCCCUCCUGCCUGUUCCAACCCAUAUUCUAUUACGUCUGUAAUCUGCUAACCAAGCAGUGGGUUGCUCUUCCUCCUAGCCCCCAAUUCCAAUUACAAUCCGUCUCAUUUUCCGUUGGCUUCCUUUGCGUUCCCGCGCCCUGUUCCCUUUGCAGCAGCAGCAGCCAAUGUGUUUUAGGUCACAAUAAUAAUAAUUUUAUGGUGGUUCGAAUUUGUGUUGCUCUUCCAGUUACUUCAAUCCAACCACAGUCCGAAUUCAUAGUUCAACUCUUCUCGUCUGAGGAAGGUGAAUGGAAAAGUGUUGUGGUUUCAUCACCGCGGGCCGUAAGCUUUACGGUCCGUUCUUCUCCAACUCUUGUCUCCUAUAAAGGGAUGCUACAUUGGCUGAUUUCUGGCUUUAUUCUGGUGUAUGAUCCCUAUAAUUGUCCCAGAAGAUUUUGCCGUGUAAUUGAUACCCCGAUUGGGAUCGAGGAUCGCUUUCAAACCAUUGGACUAUUUCAGGAUCGUCUUCGUCUAACUCAUGUUUGGUCUUUCUUAUUACAUAUAUGGGAGUUGGAGGACUACAACAUGGGGGAGUGGAGUUUGGUGCACAAGAUUAACUGUACAGCAAUUCCCCGUCUCCCUGUCCUCCCAGUCCGGGAUGAACCUGAUCAUCUUCCUCAUCUUGAUCCUAUAGUUAAUCUUGAUCCUGAAAUUAGAGAGACAGGAUUUUGCUACCCAGAUAGAAUUGUUUUUUAUUGGACCAAUUCUGGGUGGUCGGUUGCUAAUGGGAUUGUCCAUUGGAUUAGUGAUCAGGGGUGGCCAACACCAGUACCACCACUAACUGCCGGCACAAUUCAAAAUAAUGAAAAUGCUAUUGGGAUUCAUAGCAAAAAGGUGAAAGACAGAGAUAUAUAUACUCUCUUUGUCACAUUUUAUCGGUCCUACCUAGUAUUAAUUGGUCAACACAAUUCUUUCUUAUUUGUUUAUUUUCUUUAGUAUUUUUUACUUAUUUUUAAAUUUGAAAUCUUGUGUUUAAUAAUAAUACUUUUAGUGUAGUUUCUAAAUAUAUAAAUUUUGCAUAUUAAUA